CUCGCGCUCACUGGGCCCACCAUUUCCAAAUUUCAUCGCAGACAACAAAAGCAAAAUGAAACAAACAGAGGCGAAGAGAACAAGAAACUAGAAACAAAAACUCACACUCGCUCACAGUCACAAGAUCCACCGCCGUGAAAAACGCCACCGACGGAGAUGGCGUCCUUGGCCUUCACCUCCUCCCUCAACCUCCGCCCACGCCCCCUCUCCGCCCCGAAACUCCGCUCCCCAGCCGCCGCCCCCAAAUCCCUCCGCCUCACUCCACGAUACAGAUCUCCCAUCGCCAACACCCUCCACAAUCCCGAAAACCCCCUUAUCGAGAAUCAAACUCAAUUCGCCAACCAAAAGUCCGCAUUUCUGUUCCCCUCCUCUAAACACGCGCCGUUGACUGUCGCCUCAGCCUCUCCGCCCGCCUCUCCGCCCGCCCACCCUGCUCCUCAGCCGUGGCAGGGAGCCGCCAUCAAGCCGCUCCUAGCAUCCAUCGCGACUGGAGUCAUUCUUUGGUUCUUACCCGCUCCUAACGGCGUCUCGCGCAUCGCGUGGCAACUGCUCUCGAUCUUCCUAGCCACAAUCGUUGGGAUCAUUACCCAGCCUUUGCCACUCGGGGCCGUAGCCUUAAUGGGCCUGGGCGCGUGCGUCCUGACGAAAACCCUCACGUUCGCAGCCGCGUUUUCAGCCUUCGGUGACCCUAUCCCGUGGCUGAUUGCGUUAGCCUUCUUUUUCGCCCGAGGGUUCAUCAAGACCGGGUUAGGCAACAGGAUCGCGUACCAAUUCGUCUCCCUAUUUGGAAGCUCUUCUCUAGGGCUAGGCUACAGUUUGGUUUUUAGCGAAGCCCUUCUGGCCCCAGCAAUACCCUCAGUCUCGGCCAGAGCUGGUGGGAUUUUCCUGCCGUUGGUGAAAUCCUUGUGUGUGGCCUGUGGUAGUAAUGUGGGUGAUGGGACUGAGAACAAAUUAGGCUCUUGGUUGAUGCUCACAUGCUUCCAGACAUCUGUGAUCUCGUCUUCCAUGUUUUUGACGGCCAUGGCUGCAAAUCCUCUGGCAGCUAAUUUAACGGCCAGCACAAUUAACAUGCCAAUUGGUUGGAUGGACUGGGCUAAGGCAGCAAUAGUGCCGGGUUUAGUGUCGUUGGUUGUGGUGCCAUUGUUGUUGUACGUCAUUUAUCCACCGACAGUGAAAAGUAGUCCCGAUGCACCCAAGCUUGCAAGGGAGAGGCUGGAGAAGAUGGGGCCCAUGUCGAAGAACGAGAUCAUCAUGGCUGGGACACUGCUUCUUACAGUAGGGCUCUGGAUUUUCGGAAGUGUCUUGAACGUGGAUGCAGUAACUGCAGCAAUUCUUGGGCUAUCUGUACUCCUUGUAACUGGGGUUGUAACAUGGAAGGAAUGUCUGGCUGAGGCAGUUGCCUGGGACACCCUUACUUGGUUUGCUGCACUCAUUGCAAUGGCUGGCUAUCUUAACAAAUACGGUCUUAUUUCCUGGUUCAGCCAAACUGUUGUUAAGUUUGUUGGUGGAUUGGGUCUCUCAUGGCAGCUAUCAUUCGGCAUUCUUGUUCUUCUCUAUUUCUACUCCCACUAUUUUUUCGCCAGUGGGGCCGCUCAUAUAGGCGCCAUGUUUACAGCUUUCUUAUCCGUGGCAAGUGCUUUGGGUACUCCACCAUAUCUUGGUGCCGUUGUUCUAUCCUUCCUUUCCAAUCUCAUGGGCGGCAUUACCCAUUACGGGAUUGGGUCAGCCCCCGUUUUCUACGGGGCUGGCUAUGUGCCACUUGCAAAAUGGUGGGGCUAUGGCUUCUUGAUUUCUAUUGUCAAUCUUGUAAUUUGGCUUGGAGUUGGAGGGCUCUGGUGGAAGACCAUUGGCUUGUGGUAGGCCAUCUCCUAGUGGAUUUUUUUCUUUUUUUUUUUGGUUAAUUACAAGAAAUGCUCCCGAUGUUUGGUGAAAUUACAACAAUAUUGUUGUCUAGAAUUGCUAAAUAACCCCUUCAGAUUUGUCAUUGCGUAAAUACAAAGCUGAAGGGGGUACUCUGUCAUUGAGUUGAAACUUUAGUUUAGGGGCGAUUUAUUAUUUAUUUUUGGAUGUUAGAUUUUGGUCUACAUCAUUUUGGAGAUUAAAUAGAUUAUUGGGUUGCUCAACAGCACUAUUGUAGCUGGCUAUUGAAGGCUUUUUAUGUAGAACGGAGGUUUUGGGAGCUUUAUUCGUGAAGAGUUGUAGCAUGAGUUGAUUUAUAGGUCAGGCUAUUUAUUGGUGAAACUCAAAUGUUUUGCAAUUGGAAUUUAUUUUUGAUUCAACAAUGUAUGUUUCAUGACUUCAUCUUCAAUUAUGUGAUUUUUUUGCCCC